AUUCUCUCUGUCUCUCUCUCUCUCUCUCUCUCUCUCUCUAUUCUUUUUGGUCUUUUUCAUACCAAUAAAUUGGAGUUGUUCAGCUGGGGUUUUCACCAAAGCAGAGCAAUCUCCUUCCUCUCCUCUGCUCUUUCACCUCCUCUGUUUUUUUGUGCCAAUAGCCAUGGCAGAGAAUGGACAAAUUCCUGGAAACCAAGCUGCUGUAGUCUUGAAUGUGAAAGAAUGUGAGGCCAAUCACAAUAUUCCUUCCUCCUCUGCCCCCAAACCCAACCAUGGAGGAGGCUGCUGUUUCUCUGUACCUUUUUUGCAGAAGUUGGUUGCAGAGGUGUUGGGCACAUACUUCUUGAUAUUUGCCGGUUGUGGGUCGGUGGUGGUGAAUUUGAACAAUGAAAAGGUGGUGACUUCGCCGGGAAUAUCAAUAGUUUGGGGACUUGCUGUGAUGGUGCUGGUUUACUCUCUUGGCCACAUCUCCGGCGCCCAUUUUAAUCCUGCGGUCACCUUUGCCUUUGCCACUUGCAAGAGAUUUCCAUGGAAGCAGGUGCCAGCUUUUAUAUUGGCUCAAGUCCUCGGGUCAACACUGGCGAGCGGCACCCUUCGGUUGCUAUUCACCGGGCACGAUGACCAGUUCGCCGGAACAAUGCCGGCGGGGUCUAACAUGCAGUCUUUUGUGCUUGAGUUCAUUAUCACAUUCUACCUCAUGUUUGUCAUAUCCGGCGUUGCCACUGACAACAGAGCUAUUGGAGAGCUUGCUGGUCUUGCUGUUGGGUCUACGGUCCUACUUAACGUGAUGUUUGCAGGGCCAAUUUCAGGAGCAUCAAUGAAUCCAGCAAGAAGCUUGGGGCCUGCAAUAGCACAUAGCAAAUACAAUAGCAUAUGGGUGUACAUUUUGGCACCGACCCUUGGGGCUAUAUCCGGUGCAUGGGUGUACAAUUUUAUCAGGUUCACAGACAAGCCUUUGCGUGAGAUCACCAAGAGCGGCUCUUUUCUAAAAUUGGCAAGAAGUGGCAACUCAAGAAAUAACAAUUCUAUCUAACUAUAUGCAUAUAUGUAUAAGAAUUGUUAUUUUGCAUUCUUUCAGCAUUCUUUUAGUAUACUCAACUGACAUACGUGAUAUGUUCAAUUCACCAUUAAAUUAUUUUUCAUUUUUAGUUAAAAUUUAUCUAAAGGUGGAUUGAGUAUAGCAUAUCAGCUGAGUAUACGGGAAGAAAGCUAGAAAAAUGCAUAAUGAUAUUUCUUUAUGUUUUUAUAUAUAUAUAACAGAUAGAAAAGAAAAGGGUUCUCCCCAUAUUUUUUGUAGUUGUUUGGUGAUUGUUACGAAGGAUGUGCUACAUAGAGUGUAGAAAGUGUAAGGAGGAACUCACAUUGUGCGUUAUCAAAUGUAAUCUCCAUAAUCUCUAUAUUUCAACAAACCUUAUAAAUGAAAGUUUGCUUCAUUGUUA